AACAUAUGUAUGUAUGAGCUUUUUCUUUUUGGUUUUUUAUCAGCAAAGCGACAUCUUUGUAUUCAUUUCUAUAUUACUUGUUGAUAGAAUAAAUUUAUUUAUUUCACGUCUAUACAUAAACAAUAUAACACCUUACCCGAUACUUGGCACUUUAUACUCGUGUAAAAAAUGUCGGAAAUUAAAGACGAAGACUGCCAAUUGAAAUAUAUUCCAAAUGCAACAAUGAUAACAAACAGUUCUCUGGAUUCGUUUCCCAAUGUCAAACACUUUUUUGAAAUUCUAGUUAAAGACAAAGAAUUUGUAAGCAAACAUGUUGGAAGAUCAUUUCGUUAUGAUAAUGAUGUAGAAUAUAAUCGUUAUUAUUCAUACUAUGGCCUAUUUAUGGAAUAUUUUAUACGAAAACAUUUGUCAAAUCAGUUUAACAUUGAAAUAACUAAUCGACGUACGGAACACAUUCUGGAGCAUCCCGACGACUAUAUCAUUGGUAAAAAUCUCACAUUACGAGAUUCAAUUAAAGAAAAUUAUGAAAUUUUUAAAGAUUCCCACACCAAGGCCAUGGACAUUAUUGAAAGUAUAAAAAUUGUAUCACUUUCUCAUGUAAUAUUUUUUAGAGAACCUUUGCCAAAACGUGAAUACACAGUGAAUGAGGAUAAUUUACGUGAAAUUAUAAGAUAUUUGGAAAGACUUCCCUAUAAGUCGGUAGACCUGAAUCCCUCUCUAGGAUGUGAUUAUUUUAAUGCAGAUGCCAAACUAAUAUUUGAUAAUGAAGUAAUAUUUGAAAUAAAAACUUCCAAACUUAAUUCCCUUACACCCGAACAAAAGAAAUUACCUUUAAGUAAAUUUUAUCAACCCAUUAUCUAUGGUUUCGGUUUCUAUAAGAAAACUGGCAUUAAAGUAAGAAAAUUUAAAAUCUAUAAUCCGUUAUUGGGUGAUGAGUUUUCAAUUGAUUUGGACAAUAUUGAUUUUGAAUUAUUCGAAAAAGUUCUAAAACGCGAUGUUACAGUCUUCAGUCGUUUACAUGAAAUUCUCAAUGAGAAAAUGCGUUUGGAUUUAACAUUAUUUUGUGAUGAAGAUGACGGAAAAUAAAGUCAUAAUUAAAAUACAUAAUUAAGUUAUAUAUAAUAUAUAUAAUUAUAUACAUAUAUUG